AUGACGAAACGUUUCAAAAUAAGAAUUUCAAGAAUCCUCUCCUUCAAAUCUUGUCGUUCGAAAGAUCCUUCCGAUCUCCCUUUCAAUCCUGUCGCCUCAAUUUCCCGUCGACCUCCACCGGCUAAUCCCUCCGCCGUCACCACCGUGCCACAACGACGUCGUUCUUCUUUUAGACUACACGUGUUAACAGCUUUAGGCUGCGGAGCAAGUCGGAGACGCUCGUCAACGCCGUUAGAUGUUUCACGGAGGAACUCGCCGUCGUUAUCUCCGCCGAAGACGCCGACUUUUCAGUGGGAAAGCGAAGGGAAGUGCCUCGUGGUCGCUCAAAACAUUGAGGGAGAAUACGAAACGCCUCGUCGGAAAAUCUACGACGGAGGACGGGAAAAAGAUGAUCGACGGCGUUUAGUGAAGAAAGAGAGAUACGCAAGGCGGCGAGGGAGCACUUCCUCCGCAGAAGAAUACGAAGAGGAGACGGAGAGAGAGAGUCUCUUGCCAUCUUCUACAAACCUCUCGCCGGAAAAUCGCUCUUCAGAGCUGCCACGUGCGACAAGACAACGGAGACACUUUCCUAAACGAAAAAGCACGUCGUCGGCUGUUGUGGAGGAAAGCGAGUCUUCGUCACCGCCGCCGUCUCCGGCGAGACUUUCAUCGUUCGUGCAGAGACUAAUGCCGUGUGCGACAGUAUCCACGGUUAUGGUGGAGGGAGUGGCGGUGGUGAAGAGGUCGGAGGAUCCGUAUGAAGAUUUCAAAGGUUCAAUGAUGGAGAUGAUUAUGGAGAAGAAGAUGUUCGAAGUGGCUGAGCUUGAGCAGCUUCUCCGUUGCUUCCUAACACUAAACGCGAAACGCCACCACCGCGCGAUUGUUAGAGCGUUUUCUGAGGUUUGGGUUGCUUUAUUCUCCGGUGGUAGUGACAGUCGAAGGUCCAGUGUUCGACUCUCCGAUUAUGAUGAGUGUUAG